UUCCUCUUUCUCUUAUUCACUCACUCACUCUUGAAUCGGUUGUUCAGUUUUAUCUCCAUCGAUUCUUGAUUGACCUGCAUGAGCGCACAUAAUCAGGACUAAGGGAAGAAACGCGAGAAGUACAGCGACUGAAUGAGUUGAGACAUCGCAAGGGUCACGUGAGAGACUUUUCUUUAAUAAUACACCUGUGUGUGCGUUGAAACGGCAGAAGAGAAAAUACGACCUAGACGUUUACAAUAUCGUAUAAACGAAACAAAUAAUUGUUUUUGGGAUUCGUAUGAUACAUCCAUCCAGAUAAAUGUGUAGGAACGUAGUGGUGCUGAAUGGCGAUGUCGUACUCAUUGGGAAUAUAUUUUAUGACUUUUUAUGAAACCAGACUGUCUUCACGCUGUUUUCUUUCUUUCUUUCAACGUGUAAAAUAAAACUAAAAGGAGACUGCAGAAUGAAAAACACUGGGUUACUGUUCGGUUACUUUUUGGUAAAAGUUCUGGCUCUGGUGUGUAACGCAGAAGGUGAAACCGGACAGCAGCUCGAUGGUUUCGUUAUGGUUUCUGGCUCCAACGGAUCUAGAGAAGGAGAAAAUGCUUUUUCUGAAUCCCCACAUGUAGAAGACCGAUGUCGGGGAUACUACGAUGUGAUGGGCCAAUGGGAUCCACCGUUUGUGUGCAAAACGGGCAAUUAUUUGUACUGCUGCGGGACCUGUGGCUUCCGAUUCUGUUGCGCAUUUAGGAGCUCGCGGUUGGAUCAGAGCACCUGUAACAACUACGAUACUCCUGUAUGGAUGAUGACAGGUCAAACCCCUUUCAAGAAAAAUGACCCCAGACACGACCCUACCAAGGAUAAAACUAACUUGAUCGUCUACAUCAUUUGUGGAGUAGUGGCUAUCAUGGCACUUGUUGGGAUAUUCACGAAACUCGGACUUGAGAAGGCGCACAGACCUCAGAGAGAAAACAUGUCCAGAGCUCUUGCAAAUGUGAUGCGACAGCAAGGCCCAUGUCCGGGAGAGCAUCUGGAGCGGGAAGACAACAUGGGCAUGCAUGUGCAACAUUACGAAAACGUGCAAGCCAGGACAAAGGCAAACAACCUGCAGGGCACCCAAAUGAACAACGUUGGUCCUGGCUCACCUCUGCUGCCCACUAUGACUCAGCCACACUCGUAUCCUGCUCUGAGUCAGCUCCAUGCGUACGACCAGCAGCAGCCAAGCAAGGAACUCAACAAGUACGCCUCACUCAAGGCCGUGGCUGAAAAGGCCAACGAUGAUUUCUACAGCAAGCGCCGCCAUCUGGCAGAACUGGCAGCGAAAGGCAGCCUCCCUCUGCACCCCAUGCGUCACGACCGCGAACCCGGAGCCCCCUACAGCCCAGAGAUGGCCUGCCCAAAGCAGAAUGGGCAGAAGGCCAAAAGCAGCAAGGUCCACGGCCCCCACCCCCUGGCCUACAGCUCCAAUACCAUCGCCAACACUGGGCUGGUAAAAGGCUGGAAUGGGACAGAGACGGUGGGCCGCCGUAAGAGCUACGGCCCAAAGAAGCACUGCACCGUGGAACAGGUCAAUGAGCUUCACUCCUCCCGCAGCCAGCACUACCUGCCCCCACAGCCCUACUUUGUUACCAACAGCAAGACAGAGGUGACUGUGUGAAAGGGCCUAACACCCCCAAGUCUAACAGUGUGAGAGAGAGCGCGAGAGAGAGAGAGAGACCGAAAGAAUGAAGAAUUCUAGGGCAGGUGUCCCUCAGGGGCCUGUCACAGGGCAUGGGUGUGAAUUACAGCCCUUGAGGAGAGGCCCCAGUGCAGAUGUGUGUGUGGCAUUUUGUCUGUGACUGCAUUUGACAGGCAUACAUGGGACUUCUGUCAGGCAGGGAGCAAAACCAUGACAAAAUCAUUGUUGAACUAUUGAUAAUAUUUAUAAUAAUAAACCAUAGGAUUAUUGCAAGAAUAAA